AUGGACGCCAGUCACCCCGAUCACGCCGGGCAAUGGGACCCCAGCUCCUUUGCGCCAGAAAAUCCAUGGGAACAACAGUUCGCCUUUGCUCCUGAACAUGGGCACGAGAAUGCGUACCACAACCCUGGUGCCUUCAUCGACCCUCCACAGCAGGCCAAUCCUCGACUGGCCGGUCAUGACCAGCAACCAAGUACAUAUGGUCACUACGACUACUAUCCUCAGAACGAAGCGUGGACUGGGCCUAGCCCUGCGGCUGCGCCUUAUGCUCAGGAGCCUUUAGCACAGGAGCAUUAUGCACCUCCCCAGCAGCACCCCCAGCAUAAUCAGCAGCACUCAUAUGGAAAUCAUCGCACAAUAGAUAGCCGGUUCGCUCUUGUUGAUCUUCCACAGGAGACUGGGUACCAGAACCACCAUGUCCAAAUCCCAGAGAGGCAAGAGGUGGUCCAAGAUGGCUUUGGCCACGGCGCCGUGCCCCCAAGGCAACAGUCGGCCGAUGGCUACCUUCAAAGCCAUGUCUCAGAGCAAUGGCAGAGGGUGCCAAUGGCAAGCUCAGGCUAUGCCACAAAUGGAGAGUAUCAAAAUCCCCUGGCCAUGUCACAGCCUGUAAACCACCAACAGUCGGUUGCACAUCCAUCACAGCAUCAGCCUCAGCAUCAGCCUCAACAUCAGCCUCAACAUCAGCCGCAGCUUCCCAACCCACAGCACUCGCAGCUUCAGCAACAGCAGCAGCAGAUUCAGCGGCAACAACUGCCACCACAACCGCAGUUGCAUCAACCGCAACAGCAACACCAACAGCCGCCAAGGCAGACGCCCACACCCACACCCUACCAAACUGGCCAUGGCCCGGUCCAGGGAGGGCUUUCGAGCUACCAUCAUCCCCAGGGCCACCAUACUCCCGAGCCUCAACCGACUCAAGCUCACUAUAUGCAGCCCAUCAACGGGCAACAAAUCCAGAACCGCGCUUCUGUGGCACAACUUCCCGCCCAGAAAACCACUGCAAGUCCUAGCCCCCUUGCUCAUACACCAAUUCAGAGUGCCCCGCUACAGCAAAAGCCUGUUCAACCACCGGUGCAGUCAAUCCAACCAAAGAUUGCUCCCCGUUCUAUGAUCCAGCCUACAGUGCAGCCAAUGGUGCAGCAUGCAGUGCAACAAAUGGUGCAGACUCCCGCUCACCAGGCUGCUCAGCCAUCACAGUCGGCACAACCCACGCCACAACACACGCCGCAACCUCAUGCGCAGACCCUGCCACAGGUCCCUCAAUACCAGGCACCUCCAAGCCAGGCUAACUUGCCUCAAGCCUACCAGCCUUCGACCUUACAAUCCCAGCCGGUUCAGAUCCAAUCGGUCCAGGCUCAGACCACACAACAGCCUAUCCAGUCUCUCCAAACUAAUGUGAUCUCGGGUGUAAAGCGAUCUGGUGAUGUGCAGGAGAUACAAACCCUCGCUAAGAAACCAAAGGUGCUACAACCAGCCUCCGGUAUCGCGAACCCCCAGGCCACCAGCUUGGCGAAUAGCAGCAACUCAGCGAACCCUGGUUUCACAUCAGAUGUAAAUGGGCAAGGCGAUGGUGGCGAGUUUUCCGGGUUUUUCACGGUAGAUGAGGACUUGCUUGAUAAGGCACACGAAACCCCAGGUCGCACCGUCCCAGGAGUGCCGCAUCUCGUCAUCGAUGAAUCCCCGGUUCAGCUUAAAAAGGGACCACCAACUAAACGUUUUGUGACCAUUGUGGCAAAACCGGGCAAAGACCCUCUAUUCCCUGGUCUUGAUCGUGGAUGGACACCAGCUGAGUCUCUCAGCAACCAUGCUGAAGCUUACCAAACUGCCAAAGAAGUGCUAGAUCGCCAGAGAGCAGAUAUAAGGCUUGAUAUCGAGAUGAAGCGGGCCAAGACAGAGUUGCCGGCGGACUGGUGGAAAAAAUUGUCCAAGGGCGAAAUUGGAACAGAUGCUAAGCAGCGCGGGUCACCCCCACCCGAGCCUACAUUGACAGCUGUGAAAGCAGCUGAGCUGCUUCGGCUUCAUCCCUCCCAUAAGAGGAACAGGAAAGUCAUUGUUCACACCAGUAAUGAAUUCGGUGCGUUUGUUGCAGAGAAGAUUGCUGCACUAAGGGCUGCACCAGCGUUUGAAAAGCUUGUGAAGGAUGUGAAAAACAAAGGAAAAGGUUCUGCUACUCUCAAGCCUGCUGCAGUUGAGACCUUGAAGCAGUCUCUGCAACCGUUUAAGACGGAGCUUGAAGCAGCCAUUAUUGAGGGACUCAAAGUCGGAGACCCAGUAAUCCUGCGGAUGGUGGGCGAAAGGGGUGUACUGCCCAUUCGUCUACUCAACCUCCUCAUCCAGCUCUUCAACCUUGGCGAGGCUACCUCAUCGUUGGCUAAGGCCGCUCUUCGCCUUUUUGGGUGCUUCACAAGCCUUACGCCAGAGCAACUUGAGGCUUGGAAGUUCCAGACCACGAAAAGCAAGCUUGAGGGACUGGGUGAUCCCGAGAUUAGCGAGUUGGUUGCGACUAUCGUUGCAAAUGCCGAAAAGAACGCUGGGAAGGAAAGUCCUGCGGGCAAGUCAAAGAAGGAGUCCAGCGGCGAUGCUAAGAAAAGUUCUGCCAAAACAACAGUCUCAACAACCAAGAGAGCUCGUGAGGAUGAUACCAAUGGUGAUUCACGCGCGGCCAAGAAGCCUUCCACAGACGGAAAGCCUCGGGUGGCGACCAUUUCGAAUUCGACCAACAAUGGCAAAGCUUCAUCUACUGGUUCUAAGACGCCUCCAACUACGGCCAAACCUGCUCCUAAACCUUCGGCGCCAGCACCCGCCGCGGCCACGGCGAAGCCUCGUGCCUCUUAUCUGCUCCCGGGCAAGGCUCGCCCAGCAGCAAAGCCAGCCCCGAAGUCUGAGCCUGUAAAGGCCGAACCAGCGAAACCGUUGGUCAAAGCUGAGGCUGCAAAAUUAUCUGUUCCUACGUCUACUCCCAAAUCGAUGGCAUCCUCAGCCAGCAACUCAGCGAAAACACCGAAGCCGAAGGAAGAGCCACCCUCCAGCUCCAGGUUUGCGGCGCUCUUGGAGGAGAUUGCAGCGCCCAAGAAGGUGAAAGCCGACGCAUCUCCUCCAGCGGAGUCCGCACCCGAUCCAAAUGAGACGGAAGAGCAGAGGAAGCGCCGCCUACGGAAGGAAGAACGCCGCAGACUCAACAUGAGGGUCGCUUUCAAGAGCGACGACCAGCUAUGCCAGAUCAAGGAGUACACCUUAUUUCCCGAAGAGAUGGGCCCCCGCCAAGCUCGCGAUAUUCGAUCAGAUAGUAAGGCGGAAGGCAUGGCGCUCAGAAAGGGUCAUGAGGGUGAGCUUCGCCCCUGGGAGGAGCCGGAUUUAGUUGAUCUAGACGUUCUUCCGGAGGAAGCGCGAAGAGAAAACUAUGUCACCGUGGGCGGCAAAAAGGAGUUCCGCACCGAACAACAAUCAUUUAUGGCCGAUCGGGAGGCCACUGAGCUCAUGGUCUUUUACACGGACCCAUCAGAUAUUCCGAUUACGCCGAAAUCGCCGGCUUACGAGCCUUCGCUUGAUGACGGCUCCGGUGCUGAUCUUCGGCUUCCUAUGGGUCUGGAGUAUGACGAGCUUCGUCACAAGGCUAGCGAUCUGAAGCACUUUGGUGCUCGCCGUGCAAUCAAUGAGGCCAAGGCUCGGUUGGAGGCUCAGUCUAGCCCGGGUUAUGCUGAAUUCGCCAAGACAAUAAAAUCGAUCGACUCGAUCACCAGCUCAUACCCCAUAUAUGCUAUGCCUGUACAGCAACCAGCCGUUGUGCAGGUAGCGCCUGUUGCUGCGGCUAAGCCCGAGAGCAUCCCGCCCAUCAUCGUGCCAGUCACACUGGAGCCGCCGGAGGUUCGUGAUCAGCGGACCUACGAGCUCAUAUGUUCUGACAGAGCUCGUCACUACCGUGAUCCGGAGCCAUAUGAUCCUGCCAACCCCAAGACAGUACGUCGCCACGAUUAUCCAGACCCUGUGGUUCAGAAGGCCGCGGAUUACGUAGAGGAGAUGGUAGAAUAUGUCAAAAAGACUGUUCCCAAGAUCAAGCAACAGCCAGCCCCGGCGGUUCCCGUUGUGCCAGCUCAGGUUCCAGCUCCUGCCCAGGCAGCUCAACCAGCGGCAGCCCCCCGCCAACCCGACCCCCAACAAGCCGCCCACAUCCAAGCCCUCAUUGCCGCCACUCUGGCCGGUAGUGGCCAACAACAACCCAACCAGCCUGCCGGCCCUCAGACGAGCGACUACGAGUCUUAUAGCAGGUGGGCAGCCGGAGCCGGUGGCCAAGCCGGCGCCGCUCAUGCUCAACCUACCGCUCAGCACGGAGGUUACGAUCCCUACCAAUCUGGCCUGUCCUAUGAUGACAACGCUCGUGACAGCCCUGAUCGUGACCCUAACUCUCGGGACCGUGAUAGUUGGGACAACCAGCAACAGCACCAUGGCGGCCGCGAUAACUUCCGCGAACGUCAAGACAGUCGUGAUGGACGUGACGGACGUGACGGUAGAGAUUCUCAGCAACAUCAUCGCGGUGAUAAGCCGCAUUGGAAAAACAAGAAGAACCGUGGCGAUCGUAAUGGCGACGAGAUCCCAGAUCAUCUCAAGGGUAUCAACCGCAGUCUGAUUGGUACCAAGCAGUGCAUUUUCUGGGCGCAGGGCAAGUGUGCAAAGGGCGAUAAGUGCACUUUCAGGCAUGACUAA